GCACAUGAGGCUGAGUGAAUACAUCACCCACCAGUUUAUAAGUCACCCCUUCGCGGAGAGAGAAGAGGCAGAGGAGGAGGAGAAGCGAUGAAGCAGAGGGAAGAGGAGAAAGACGGAGCAGAAGAACAAAAACAGGAUAGAGGGGAACAUAAAGGGGAAGGUUUUCUGCAUCAAGAGAACAUUUUUCUCCUGUUUGGAGUUGGGAGGCCCUGCAGCUGUAAGAAUGUGGAUAGAAACCAAAACGGAGGUGGAGGAGGCCAGCAGGAGUCGGGCCGGCUUCAGUCGGCGAGUGCUGGAUGGUCUGAUGUUGUGCACUGGAGACGUGGAGCACUUGGAUACGUACAUCCAGGAAAAGUGGUUUGUGCUGCAGCUGGCUGUGUGGGGGCUCAGAGGGGUGGCCAGAGUGAUUCUGGCCAACAACCCGCUGAGCGGAGCUCUGAUCCUGGCUGCCCUGUACUGGGCUUCCCCCUGGCAGGGCCUGCUGGGAACUCUGGGAGUACUGGCCUCAACGCUCACAGCUGUCAUCGUUGGACAGGACAGUGGCGACGUGGCAGGAGGUCUUCACGGAUUCAACGGCAUGUUGGUGGCUCUUCUGAUGGGAGUGUUCAGCUCAGCUGGAGACUGGUACUGGUGGCUGCUGCUGCCUGUCUGCCUGGGCUCAGCUACAUGCGUCUUUCUGUUCAGUGGGCUCACAACGUUACUGGACCACUGGGACUUGCCUGCUGCCGUGUUUCCCUUCAACAUCAUUAUCGUCCUUUACCUCCUGUGCACUGGAACGAACAACCCUUAUUUUCCUCACAGCCCAGUAACACCACCGGGGGCAGUAGAGCCUAAUGACACAGCGCUGAUAGCAGUCGAGGUGAUCCGUGGCAUCCCUCUCGGUGUGGGUCAGAUCUACGCUACCGGGGCCCUCGGACCCUCUCUCCUCAUCCUGGGGGCCGUGGUUCUCUACUCCCCGCUGCUGGGCGUCCACGCUGUGCUGGGAUCAGCAGUGGGAACGUUGGCCGGUUUAUCCAUGGCAGUGCGUCAUGACUCGCUUUACUCCGGCCUGUCGGGCUUCAACGGUGCUUUGGGCUGCAUGGCCGUUGGAGGACUCUUCUUUACCUUCAGCUGGAGGACCCACCUCUUUGCCAUCGCUAGUGCGUUUCUCUCUGCGUACUCAGACAUCGCCCUGAGCAACCUGCUAGGAACUGUGGGUCUCCCAGCAUGCAGUUGGGCAGCUACUCUAAUAGCCACACUUAUGUUGCUGUUGACCGGAACCUUAGCAGCAUACCGCAUCCCCAUUGGUCAAGUCAAGGCCCCUGAACGCAACCUGCGCUCGAGAAGCCAAUGGGAAGCCGGAAACACGGAAGAGAGGGAGAGCACGGAUGUGUAGCGGAAAGUUACACCAACUGGACCAAACACAGAAAUGGGAAGAAUGCUGACGGGCUGUUAACAAAGUUGUCCUUUUUCUCAUAGAUGUCAACAACUUAAAAAAACUUUUUGGGGAUCUAAAUUUGAACAAGUGAAACACUUUUUGUGAAACAAAGUUCUGUUACCUCCAUAAAGCUUGUGUAUUGCUUAUAAUUCUCUUGAUCUACACUUAGUAAAAAUUACAAUGACCAUCCAUUCAUUGAGUGUCUCAAAGUGCUCAAAAAAAUAAUGAGCUAAAUUAUUCAAAAAAAAAAAAAAAAAAAAAAAAAACUGACCUGCUGUUGAAGUUUGUUUAUGCGAGUCAAAUUUCGUCUAUGGAGACUGAGCGUUUGCAUAACGCAGAAUGACAAUAAGUAAGGUUGUUGUUGUUGGGCUAAUGCAAAAACUCUAGUACACAUUUGGGAUCAGCGACGCAUACUAUGAGACUUACUAAAAACAUGGAAUGAUUAAAAACUAUAAAACACAAACAAAAAAACUUAGAUCAUGUGCAUGGUUGUGAGACUGAUGCUGGAAUGGUAAUUAUUUAAAGUAUCUAAAUUUAACAUUGACAAGAAACUUAGGAAAUAUUACAACAGGACUCUUAGGAUACAGGAUACAAGAUAUUAUGUAUCUUGUAAACUGUAUUCUUUGCUUAGCUGCUGGUUUUGUUUAUCUUUUAACUCUGUAGGUUUUCCUGUGUAAUAUUUUUCCUCAUCUUGAGAUAAAGAAGAGACAUCACAAGUCAGAAGGAAAAAAAUCAUUUAAUAAACAUGAAAACGAGUUGCAUCAUCAUCUUUAAAAUGAAACAUCCUGAAUAUCAUUGUCAAUAAAAACCCAAACUGAAAUCAGCAGUAAUAUUUUUUCAAUGUUUUUUUUUUACCCUGCAUAGAUGUGCUACACAGCACUCCACUAAAAAUUCAUUGUAAACACAAAGUUUAUGUGUAAUGUACCUCUAUGCAGGCAGCCUGUAGCAGUUUGAAAUUUGUAAUGGUUUUAAUGAAAUGAUGCUUAAGCCUGAUGUUGAAAGGCAACCGUUACUUUAAAUACUCAUACAGACAUGAUUGUUACAAUUGCAUUAAAUCAACUUGUGGUUAAUUCCUUUCUUCUCUUUUCACAGUGCUUCAUGUUGACUGCAACAUUUUUUUUUUCACAUCUGUCGACGUAUUGCGUUUUCUAGAACACACUUUCCUAACUUUACACAGACAUUUUGAAAUGAUUAUCACAGUAAAGAAAAGAACUGUCCCCGCCUCCUUACAGGUGCAAUAAAAAUCUUGCAACAGACACAACCAUCUAUUAUUUUUAUUUCUUUUUUUUUUUUUGCUUUUUUUUUUUGCUUUACAUCAUGCAAUUCAGUUUUGGUGCUUUAUUUUUGUCUAUGCAAUCACCGCCUUCUUUGUUCAUUUAUUAUUACAAAGCACCUCACGAGAGACUUUUAAGGAAAAUUGUACAAAAGUGUCCAAGUCUACUGAUCGAACAUAAUUGUAAAUAAAAAAAAAAAGUUGAAAUAUAAAUGCUUGCACAAGUAGUUGUGUAUGUUCACAUAGAAAUAAAAAAAACAUUCAUUGUUCUACAUACUUUCA